GUACAGUUCAUUAUAAUACAAUCCUUGUUUACCGUUUAUCGAGUUAUAGAUGUCGAAACAUAAUCGUUAAAGGUCAAGCUGAAGAAUCAACAAACAUUAACACGGUGGUAAUUGUAUAAGCGCUUAUGUAACUUGAGAUAUUUCAUAUGGGACUAUUUCUGGUAUUAGGUUUGUGCUUGUGGAGGGUUCGGUUAACAAUUGUACCUUUAUGAACGAGUGUGGAAUGUUGUAUUAUAAGUCAUUGCGGGAAGAAAGAAGUAUAUACAUUUUUUGUAACCCGGGUAAACUGAAUAAAUAGCUGUGUUUUGAAAGUACGGAAUUCAUUCAGUGCUUAUACGUCCUAAGUUCACCUAGAGACACGCAAUUAUCUAGCAAGAUAAAGUUAAUUAUCUAGACAGGGAAUAAAAUAACUCUGGACAGUGAUACAUAAUAGUCAGUUUACUGAGAUACGACAACAUGUACGACGUACAAGCAACCACAAAAGAUGCUCAGUCGAGCAAAGACCUCUUAGAAACCAAAUACUACUGCAAGAUUGAAGAUCCGACUUUAAAGGAGAUUGAGGUGGUUAUGGAGUUGGAAGCCAAGGGGAAACCAGAAGCAGGAAUCUUCAAUCGUUUCGUAUUGUUGAUUGACGUGAGCGGGAGUAUGGAUCAUACUGCUGAUGGACAAUCUUGUACCUUACUGGACAGAAUGAAGAAAUUCAUCGAGUUGUUUAUUGACAAUGCAAGCGACACUUCUUGGAUCGGAAUCGUAACGUUUUCCUCAACCGCAAAUGUCAUAAUGGAACUCAAGCAAAUGACGGCGGAAGCAAAGGUAUUUGCAAAAACAACAGUACUAAGUCUCACAACAGAAAGUCGUACCAAUAUCAGCGCGGGUUUGUUCAUGGCGUUGGAAGUUAUACAAAAACUGAAACCUUCUCGAGAUUGCAUCAUUGUCUUCACCGAUGGAGUAGCCAACGAAGGAAUAGUGGACUCUGGUACAUUGAUCCAGGAAUACAAGCGAAUAUCGCUACAGAGCAGAGAAACGAAUAUUCCGAUAUCUGCAAUCACUGUGGAGGGGUACAAACCGGAUUUUUUGUAUGCGAUUGCUACCGAACUUGGAAGUGACGCAUUUUAUUGUUUGAAUAUAAAUAGUGCAUUCGAGGCGGACAUGAUGAUUCCACAAAUUACCAAGGAAAUGACGUUUACAACUGACGUCACAAUCGUCGCAAGCGCUCUCGGAGGAGUAAAAAUGCUUCGCAUGAAAAAUCAACAAAGUCUAAACGAGACAGAGGCGAAACAUUUUUACUAUUCUCUACCAAACAAAAUGAAGAAGAACAUUUUAUUCCGCUUGCAGCUACCGGAUAACUACCGGGAAAUGGUCAAUGCCAUCAUUCUAAAUGUGGAGGUUAAAUUCAUGGAUGGUAAACUUUCGAGGAGAUGUUUCACCGAUUCUGUUCAACUUUGUCUCAAAACUAUGCAAGAAGUUGCUGUGAGACAAAAACUACCGGCCUCUGCUGAUACUGAAGCGUCCAGAAAAUAUCGAGAAUCGGCUGUUGCCUACGUCAGCUACAAAAGCGUCAUUGAUGCGACUUGGAAAUCAAUUCGUAAAAGCAUCACCAAGAUAUGUGAGGAGCAAUGCAAAAUGGAAAUUGCCCGAUAUUUUUCUGCGGCAAGAGAACAAUGUAAUGGGCAAGACAGCAAUAAAGCUGAGGCGGCACGUGAAAAAGACGCGGCUCAAAAAUUCAUGCAAGAAAAGUUAAAGCUUGGGGAGCUCGCCUUGGGUUUAGAAGAUAAAACAUUUACCUCGUGUUCCCAGCAAAUUCAUAUAUUCGAAAAGCAGUUGGUAUAUGCUCAAAGAUUUAUUGAAAAUACCGAUGCUUCUGAGCUUGCAAGCAAAAUUUGGGGCAAGCUUGCCGCCAUGGGUUCAUCUUUUGAAAAGGAAAUGCCGACCAACGAUGGUGUAUUCGGAAGCACUGUAAAACAACCUUUCAUGAAUAACACGGUAAAGAAACCAUUAAAAGAACUCCGCAAGGCCAUUCAAGAAACCACCGUUGAUACCGAAAGUAGCGACGAAGAGAGUGUGGCAAGCGAUGUAGAAGAUACACCAGAACCAGAACCAGAAAACAUUCCACUUUCUGACCGCGGAAGAGAAAGCAACAGAGUUACUUUUGAAAACGUUGCACUUGCUUCCGGUGGCGCCAUCGCUAGUGGUUUAGUAUCAAAUAUUGUUGGCUGGUAUGUGUUCAUUGUAAUUGCGAUUAUUGCAUUUGUGGUGUGGGCAGUUGAAGUUCAGGGCACUGAUAGAGUAAUCGUGAUGUUGUUUUUCGCUUUGUGUGGUGCAGCUUAUAUACUGCCUUCUCAAGUUUUUUGUUUUUUACUUGGUGAACUGUUCGGUAUAUUUUGGCCGAAUUUACCUGAUUGGUGGAGAUCCUAAACUUAUUUCUAGAACGUAUUGUAUAUUUAUGUAUAUUUGCGAGUGCUAUUGGUAUCUUUGUACAGUAAUAUGAUCGGUUAAAUGUUACAAAUAAAUGGAAUUGCUCCU